AUGUCCAAGCAACAGAAGCCCGUCGGCCGUCUCGCGGCAUCGAACAACGUUAUGGCCGCCCCAGGCAACCUCGUCGUCCGCCCUGGUCUUUCACGCGGCAACUCCGACUCAGGCGUUCCGCAGGUCACUGCCCAGCAUGUUAUCGCACCACCGUCCACUCCUCCGGGCACCUCCACCCGAGCCCAUGACGGUCACCUCACCGAACUCCGCGCCGGCCAAACCGCCAAAGUCUUCAAAAUCCACACCGAAACCCUCAAAGACCGCUGUCCCUUCUUCAAGGACCUUCUGACCAGCACACCCCGCCCCUCUGCCGACCUCCUCACCUUCCCCGACCUCGAUGAAUUCGCCUUCGGCCUCUUCACCCGCUGGCUCUACGGCUCGAUGCUGGCCGGCCCCUCCGACUUCCACAGCAUGCAGCACUACCUCUGCCUCUACGUCCUCGCCACGCGCUUCGCCAUCGAGCGCCUCAAGAACGAAGUCAUGGACCACGUGCGCGCCUACUACCGCACCUCGAACAUGACGGCCCCGGCGUACCGCCUCGAGUACGUGUACCACCACACGGCUGGCGGGAACGUGAUGCGCCAGUUCUUGGUCACCACGGCGGCGUAUCGGUUCCUGAUUGAGAAGGAGCCGGGACAGAGGGAGCCAAGGCUCAGUGAUGCGAUGAGGGGCGUUAUUGCGAAGGGAGGGGAGCUGGCGGUCGAUUUUGUGGAGGCGUGUGCGACGCUGCAUACGAACGGGUUGGAGGAUGUGAGGAGGGGCCCGGAUUGUAGGUUCCAUGAGCACAUGGAGACCAAGAAGUGCAAGGUGGUGCCGUCGGAGGCUUAUCAGGGCUGA